UCCUGUAAUGGCGGCGCCCUAGACCGCGCGGCCGGGACCCGCAGUCACCGCUGUCACCGCCGCCACCGUCACUGUCUUCUCUGUCACCGCCGCCACCUCUGUCACCGCCACCAUGCACUCGGACGAUGUUGUCUGGAGCAUGCUGGGGAACAGGCAGUUCUGCUCCUACAAAAUGACCACCAAAACGCAGAAUUUCUGCCGGAACGAGUACAACCUGACGGGGCUGUGCAACCGCUCCUCCUGCCCGCUGGCCAACAGCCAGUACGCCACUGUCCGCGAGGAGAAAGGUCGCUGUUAUCUCUACAUGAAGACGAUCGAGCGGGCAGCGUUUCCCCGGCGCCUCUGGGAGCGGGUGCUGCUGAGCAAGAACUACGAGAAGGCUCUGGAGGAGAUCGACGAGAACCUCAUCUACUGGCCCCGCUUCAUCCGGCACAAGUGCAAGCAGAGGUUCACCAAGAUCACGCAGUACCUGAUCCGCAUCCGCAAGCUGACCCUCAAGAGACAGAGGAAGCUCGUGCCGCUGCGCAGGAAGAUCGAGAGGCGCGAGAACAGGCGAGAGGAGAAAGCCCUGAUUGCUGCCCAGCUGGACAACGCCAUCGAGAAGGAGCUGCUGGAAAGGCUGAAGCAGGACACGUAUGGAGACAUUUACAACUUCCCCAUCCACGCCUUUGACAAGGCCCUCCAACAGCAAGAUGCAGAGAGCGAGAGCGAGUCGGAUGCAGAGAGGGAAGAGGAUGAUGAUGACGAUGAGGACGUGGACAGAAGGGAGUUUGUGGAAGCAGAGGAGAGCGAGCUCAGCGACUUUGAGGACAUGGAUAAGUUGGAGACAAGCAGUGAAGAGGAGCAGGAAGAGGAGGAAGAAGUGGAGGAGAAAGCUUCCCACUCCAAAUCUAAAGGGAAAACACCCCUGAAGGGCCCAGCCAGGAGAAAACGUCGCUACAUUGAGAUAGAGUAUGAAGGGGAAACAGAGCCAAGCAGCAAGACAAAAGCAGCCUGAGGCCCCCUGAUCCCAUUUUGUACGGACUGACAACUCCAGAUGUGUCACCAGGGCCUGACUCCACCUCCACCCCUCACAGGACCCUCAGGAACUGCUGGUUUCAUACUCCACUCAUUUUCUGCAGCAGCAGCAGCAGCGGGGUUUGUGUCCCGAGCCCAGUGGUUGCAGUGAGUUUGUACGACUGGGUGAGGCCCAAAGGAACAUCCCCACCUCCUCUGCAACCACAAAAGCUCAGCCCAGACUGGCCUGGGGAGCUCUGCUGCUCCCUGCGAGGCUGGAGGAACCUCCCGUGGCCCUGGGGGCACCUGGAUGUGUCUGGGGGAGGUGUGGGGCUCACAGGUGGGACGAGAACGACAGAACUCUUCA